AUGUAUUUGAAUGCUGUGUACACAAAGCCUUGGUCAAGAGCGCCAGCAUUCCUUAUCGGAUUGUUAUUCUCAUUCAUUUUUGUCAGCGACAGCAAGUUGGACAAGAUUAUUUCUAUAGUCAUUUUGUUUCUGUUCGUUAUUGUUGGUCUCUUCAUCGUAUUCGCAAUAUUCCCGUUUGCGUUGAACAUGAAAGCUUCGUCGCAGUUCCUGAUGGCACUUUAUGCAUCAGUACAUCGAUCUGUAUGGUGUGCGAUUAUUUGUGCGAUGAUAUACGUUUGUUACCGGAAAAGUGGACGCGAAUUCGGAGCAUUUCUUGAAUGGCGUAUUUUUAAUCCGUUGUCGAAGCUAACAUAUUUGGUGUUCGUACUCAGUGAACCCGUUUCACUGUUUCUGUUCUCGUCAUUGCAUCGACCUGUGUACGCCACACAUUGGUCAACGUUUUAUAUUGCUCUCGGAACGAUUGUGCUAUCGUAUAUUGUCGCUAUCGCUUUGGAUGUAUUGAUAGCAAGACCUAUGCGAAAUCUGCUAAUCUUCGUGAUCGGUCCUUAUCUAAACGAAAACAAGUCGUCUUAUGAGAAGGCUUGUACGAACGGUAAGGAACCUCACUGA